GACAAAGGUUAGAUGCACGUGCCGUGAAUGCUAGUCAGCAUAAGAGAGGCCACACAAGUGAGCGGGCAUGCCACUGGGGCUCAAGAAGAGAGAAUGCAUCCGAGGGACCAGCCUCUGUCGGCUUUUUCCUCAGAUGCACCAGUCGGCACUCCAGCCACCGUGACACACCCACCGACAGAGUGGAACGCAGGAAUACGUCGAUGAGUGACAACCAGCUAUACACACACCAGGCGGUCAUAUACAGUGAUCAAGCCAGUCAGUCUUCGCAGUACCCAUCCUGUCUAUCAUAUCAACACACCCCCUCUCAGUGUCCUCCCCUUCAUCGACCGGUCAUCCCACGAGCCGCCUGAUGCCCUCGGCAAGCCACCCCAGGAUGCCGCCCUUGGUCAGCAACACCAGCAACCCUGAUUGACACACAACACACACCAUACACAGGGCAUCCUUUGUGCGUGUGUGGUGGGCAGGCGCACCCGAGAUGAGCACAAGGAAGCCCACAAACAUGAGUCCGAAGACGGCCUUGAUGGCCAUCGACUCGCGAGGCGACAGCCCACUCGUGAGGGCAUUGAGCUUCAGCAGAGCAGCGCGGCCCUCGGGAGUCAAUCUCGACCGAAACCACUGCAAACACAUGACCCGCGUGGUAUGAUGGGUGCAUGCAUAUGGCUCACCUCGGCUCGUCUUCGGGCAGCCUCUACAUCAGCCUGAGAGAUCGGCUCCUGUCUUUCGUUGCCGUCAGCAGCUAUCAUCGUGUUGCAGCCCUGCGCAUCAGUCGGCAUUCCUCUCCUCUGCCGCAUCCCCUCCCUCAGCGCCGCGCCACUGACGACGGACGUAUGACCGUCGGCCUGAGCAUCAUCCUGCUUGGUCUUGGGAGCUACAGCUCGGCUUCGGCUGGUGCAGAUGAGGAACGACAGGCCGGCGAUGAUGCCCGCUGAGAAGACGGCGAUGGCCUCGGCAGGUCCCCCUGCCCACACCCCCGGCGAAUCCAUGCGCAAGCAGCUGCCCUUCUGAAGCGUCGAGAAUUCUCGCCGAGAGGACAGAACCCCGCAAACCCUACCCCGAAAUUUUUCGUUCUUUCGACACAU